AUGGCCAACAUCUGGGCCGUUCCGCUGGCGCUGUCCAACUUCAACAUUGUGGUUGCGUUCCUGGGGGGGUUCAUCUCGCUGUUUGGGCUGGUGUCGUAUCUCUUGAAGGAGAAUUACUACUUGUCGGAAGCUCUUAUUUCUCUCCUAAUUGGAGUUGCUUUUGGGCCUCAUGGGGCGAAAUUCAUUCGGCCGGAUGCCUAUACUGAAUGUGCCACGACUGGCGGCAUCGACGUCGAAUGCGCGGAGACGCGCCUGAGCGACAUCACGCUCAACUUCUCGCGGCUUGUCCUGGGUGUGCAGCUAGUCCUUGCAGGAGUGCAGCUGCCAAGCAAGUAUCUGUGGAGGGAGCGCAAGUCUCUGGGGUUGCUGCUCGGCCCUGGCAUGGUCUUCAUGUGGCUCGCCACGAGCCUGCUUGUCUGGGGCUUUGCUGGGAUGCCAAGUUUCUUGCACGCUCUGGCUGUGGGUGCCUGCGUCACGCCCACGGAUCCUGUGCUGUCUGCUGUUAUUGUUAAAGGGAAAUUUGCAGAUCACAACAUCCCCAAGGAGCUGCAGAACCUCAUCGUUGCCGAAUCCGGUGCCAACGAUGGGCUGGGCUACCCGUUCCUCUUCUUCGCCCUGUAUCUGAUCAAGUAUGUCGGCUCCGGGGCUACCUCUGGUGGAGCUGGAGACGCCAUGGGGCUUUGGUUCACGUACACUUGGGCGUACACGAUCCUCUUGAGCAUCGUCUAUGGUGCGGUAGUGGGAUUGCUGGCCAAGGAGCUCCUCCGCUGGGCUGUGAAGCGCAACUACGUCGACCGCGAAAGCUUCCUCGUGUCUGCUAUAUCGUUGGCCUUGUUUGUUCUCGGCACGUGCGGGCUCAUUGGCACAGACGACGUUUUGGCCUGCUUUAUUGCUGGAAAUGCGUUUACUUGGGACGACUGGUUUCGUCUCGAGACGCUGGACGACUCUCUGCAGCCUACAAUCGACAUGCUUCUCAACGUCACCAUCUUCCUGUGGUAUGGAGCGUAUAUUCCUUGGACCGAGUUUCGCCACAACACUGUCAUUCCCAUUUACAGACUCGUACCUCUCGGCAUUGCGGUGAUGCUCGUGAGGCGCCUCCCAUGGAUCUUUGGUUUGCAUAGAUGGGUUCACCAAAUUACCGGCACGCACCAGGCACUCUUUGUCGGCUUCUUCGGCCCAAUUGGAGUCUCUGCGGUGUUUUAUUUGUUCAUUACCCUGGAAUUCAUUGAAAAAUUCAUGAGUGAUGAAGAGGGGAACCCGAGAAGCGACGUCAGGGAACUGGGCGCCACGGUGAGAAUUGUGGUUUGGUUCCUGGUCGUUUGUAGCGUUAUUGUCCAUGGCUUGAGCAUUCCGCUGGGCAAAAUCGGAUACUUGGCCCCGCGAACCAUUUCUCGUGUCCUCACCGAAAACAGCAACGGCGGCAAUGUGUACUACGGCACGGCCAUUACUACCAUGUCCAGAUGGUUCUCUGUUGCAAAGGAUUCCGAGGGGGUGCCGGUGAACAAUGCUGCCGUUCUCGGAAGCGUUAUUCGUACGAAUAAUGACGGCACUCUGGACCCUGCAUGGCCGCGGCCCACGCCUCCGUCUGAGGCAAAUACCCAGAGAAUCGUUUGGCAAGAUCUCGAGCCGAUUCGGCGAGUGAGGACUGACGGCUCGAGGAGGAGCAAUCCCCUCCCAUGA